AUGUGGAAUAUUCAUGAAAUGAGGAUUUGUAUAGAGUGGGAAGAACGUUUGAUUCUUAUCAACGGCUAUCCCAUUUUGAUCAGAGUCUUCUAUUCACCCGAUCACGGACCCGAUAAGAUUGUUUUCCAAAACGGAGCCUUUAUUAUGCGACAACCGCAGCAGCAGGUGCAAUUAUCCGGUUGUCGCCCAAUUUACACUCGACAAAUGGAUGAAAUUAUGCUGCCAUUUCGGCGGCUUCAAUUGUCGGUAUCUGAAUUUGCAACAUUCAAAGCUGCCUUAUUCUUCAAUCCUGAUGCGCUUGACUUGUCAAAUCAAGCAAAACCAGAUGUUUACGAGGAACGAAACAAGUAUCUCAGCGCACUUUUCACCUGCAUCACGAAUAAGCUAGGAAUGGCUGCUGGUGUACAAAAAUAUGGCAGUUUACUUAUGAUGACAGCAAGUAUCCAGGUAAUGUUCAGUCGUGUUAUCAACGCUUUUUUUCGCAGUAUUUUAUUUGAAUCUUCAAAAGUAAUCUUUGCAAUUAUGGAAGCUUUGCAACUCAUCAAAACAUUUGCUGAAUGAUU